AUGCCACAAUUAAACAAAUUUUUAUUUAACAUUUGUUCAUUUAUUCAUCUCAACAAUAAAAUUAAUUUACUAUCAAAUGAAGAUAUUCAAUAUUCAUUUAAAGAUUUUAAUUAUGAUAAAAUUAUUUCUUGUGUUAAUUGUUUUCCAGAGAAGCAAUGCGAUGAAUGUCAUAUCUAUUCAUAUCCAUAUACACAGAGACAUUAUUAUUAUAUAAGAAAUAAUUUUCCUUGGGGAUUAUUUAAAUGUGUUCGUCAAGUAUCAUUAUAUGAUGAACAUCUUUUUCAACAUGAAUUUUUUAUUCGAAUUCAAAAAUCAUUUCCAUUUAUCGAAAAAUUAACUCUAUAUAAUAAGAAAGCACAAUAUAAUAAACAAUAUAGAAAAUCCAAGGAAGACAUCAAACAUCUAUCGAUUGUUGAAUAUCCUUAUCUUACCAACCUUAUUUUAUAUGAUACUCAUUAUGAUUAUAUUGAACAAUUUCUACUUGAUAAUAAAACAUGUUUGGCAAAUGGUCUUUAUCUCUCUCUUAAUUAUAAAUCUUUAAAAAAGUGA